CCCUCUCACCACCGCACCCUUCCCUCCCGGCCUCGCCGCCCGCCGCCGCAGCCAUGGCGCUCUCGACGCUGCAGAGCGCCUUCUACUACCUGCUCGGCGGUGUGACGUUUGUGCCGCUCUGCGCCGCCGCGCUGCUCCUCCACUUCGUCUUCUUCGCCCCCGUGCACCCCAGCGCGCUGGGCACGCCGCUGCCGCCGCUGUCGGCGCGCGACAAGCUGGCGGCGCUCGACCUGGCGCGCAGCAACGAGGCGUUGGAGAAGAAGGCGGCCAGCGCAGGUGCUGCCACGCUGUCCGGCGCCACGGCACCGCCGGCUGCGCGUCGUCUGGGCCCGCCGCCGCCCGCGCCGCCGGCUCGUCCGCAUCGCGCCGGCUGGCUCGUGGUGCGGCGCACCUUUGGCGGCGACUCGCCGGCACUGCUGCUCGCCGCUGCGGCCGCUGCACCCGCUGCACCUCCUGCAGCGGCAGCGUCUCGCGCAGAAGGCUCGGCGGCGGGCGACGAGGCGCGCGCUGGCGAGGCGAAGCAGGGCUACAUCGGCGCGGUGUACCGCGGCGUGCUCAACUAUCGCCUCAGCAGGGCACAGAAGGCCGGCGCUGCUGCCUCGAGCUCUUCGAAUGCCGGGGCCGGCGACGACGCUGCGCGUCUGGCGCCGCAAGCUGUGUCGAGCUCUCGCUCCUCCUCGCCCGGCCGGCCCGCCAGCUCGGCCGCGUCGUCAGCAGCGCCUGCCGCAGGGCCGGUGCGCGAGUCCUUCCAUGCGAUCCUCAAGGGCUCCGUGCUCUUUCUCUACUCGUCUGCCGAUGCCUCGUCGACGGCGAUCGACUGCGUGUCGGCCAUCGACCUGCGCGGCAAGCGCGUGAGCUUGUACAUCGCGCACGCCGGCGACACGGCUGGCGAGCCAGACGACCUCGAUGGCGCUGCCUACCAGCAGGCCAAGGCCAGCCAGUUCGACACGCCUGCCACGAGCGGCACGGAGGAUGAUGGAGCGGCGGCAGCGGCAGCACGCUCGCGCAAGAACUGGGCGCGGGCCAGGCGCGCCGCCGUGCGCGAUGGCGAGCUCUUCACGAAGCGCAAUGCCAUCCGCAUCGUCUCGCCCGCCGCUGGUGGGGCGCGAGACAAGUUUGCGACGCGCGACGAGUACUUCGUCUUCGCGAAGAGCGCCAGUGAUCUCGAGGACUGGUACCAUGCGCUGCUCCACGCCAGCCUGCUGCACGCUGCGCCACACGCCGGUGCCGCACAGGAUGGCCUGCCAGAGCCCGUCCGCGAGGCGCUCGGCGAGGUCUUCGAGCCGCUCGACAUGGUCCGUCUGCUUACGAGCCUCGACACGCUGCCUGACCCGAUCCCGCUGCGCUGGCUCAACGCUCUGCUCGGAAGGAUGUUCUUCAGCAUCUAUCGCACUGCGUGGCUCGAGGACUACGUCACGCGCAAGAUCAUGAAGAAGAUGGCGCGCGUGCGCACGCCGGGCUACCUCGGCGACAUUCGCGUGCGCGAGGUGGAUCUGGGCCGUGCGCCGCCGGCGUUCAGCCGGCCCAUGCUGAAGAGCCUCACGGGCGAGGGCGAGGCGUCGAUGGAGGUCGCGAUCCACUACACGGGCGCCAUCCGCCUGACGAUCAGCACGGUGCUGACGAUCAGCCUGGGCUCGCGCUUCAAGCCCUACACCGUCAAUCUGCUGCUCGCCGUCGUGAUCAACAGCCUCUCGGGCAACCUGCUGCUGCACAUCAAGCCGCCGCCGUCGAACCGCCUCUGGUUCGGCUUCACGCAGCUGCCCACGAUGGACAUCUCCGUCGAGCCCGUCGUGAGCGAGCGCAAGGUGCAGUGGAGCAUGGUCAAGCGUCUGAUCGAGGGUCGCAUCCGCGAGCUUCUUACGGAGAGCCUGGUAGUGCCAAAUAUGGACGACAUUCCCUUCUUCGACACACGGCCGCUCGAGCACCGCGGCGGCAUCUGGGCCGACGCAGUCAAGCGCGCUGGCGACGACGCCGCUGCUGCGGCACCGACGGAGGAGGCAGAGCCUGCAGAAGAGCCUGCAGCUGCAUCAGCCGGGCUUGGAGAACGACGCGGCAGCGCUCCGGCAAGCACGGCAGGCGUGCAGAGCUCAGGCGCCCAGGCGACGGCACGAGCAACCGCCCGCGACGUGCCGACAGGCGACGGCAGCCUGCGCAACCGCCGUACUCAGCCUGCCGGCGCACCUGAGCUGCUCACGGCUGUCAAGCCGAUGGUCAGCACCUCGCCGUCCAGCCCAGCCAUGGCAGGCCUCAGCAGCCUGCUGGCGCGCGACCAGGCUGCCAACGCUUCGUCAGCUGGCGUCAGCCCCUCCAGCAGCCUGGAGGCCGGCGCAGAGGGCGGUGCAUCGCGGGCAGCGUCUGUGCGCUCCGUGCCUGUCGGCACUGCUGCGCCGAGCAAGCGGCGCUCGUGGUUCGUGCGCGCACCAGCGACACAGGAUGGCGAGGCGCCGCCGCUCCCGGCUCUUCCCGGUCAGACUCGCUCGGGCGCAGCGAAGGGCGCUCCGAAGUCUAGUCUUGCGUGGGGCAACGCCAGUCUCGCGACGUCUGCGGAGGCGCAAGAGCGCAUGGGCGCGGCCGAGCGUUCCUCUCUCCAAGUGCCUGCCGCCCGCGCUCAGGUGCAGCGCGCCAACUCGCACGAGAAGAACAAGGAGAGCAUCAGCUCGAUCAGCUCAGUCGACACGGAGGGCAGCGGCGUCAGCGUCGACACGGAGCAGCUCAACGACUCGCUCGAAGUUGCGGUGGACGGGCUCAAUGGCGAGUUCGCGCAUCUGUCGCCCGAUGCCGUCUCGACGAGCAGCGAGGAAGCCAGUCUCGCGGCGGAGGAGCUGCGCCGCCUGGUCGACCGAGAGAGCGAGGGCACACCGCAGCCGGCCGCUGCCAGCAGUCAUGUGCCACGGUUCGAGGACGAGCGCAGCGGCACGCCUCGAGGCUCGACGUUCGAGGCCGACGCAUCCGAGCGCAGCGCCGGCGCCUCGCGUCCUGGCAGCAGCUCGACGACCGCAUCUGCGGCUGCUCCCGCGUCGUCAGCCGAAAGCAAGCAAGAGCACGCCGCUUCGUUCGCACCUGCUGUGAGCCACUCGCCGCUUGGCGUCACGCCGGUAGAGGAGCAUGCGCCAGAGCUGCCGCAGCCCUCGACGCGCACUGCACGCACGGCCCAUGGCUUUGCACCGCCGCCUCGACGCUCAGCGCCUUCGCUGGCGCCAAGCACAGCCGGAUCGACGCACUCUUCUGACAACGCCGUGUCCACCGGCGGGCUCACUGCGCUUCAUCGCGAGCGCUACGGCAUGGCGACUUCGCCCGCCCGCGAGGAGGCGAGCUACAUCAGGCAGUCGGACACACGCAGCUCCACAGCAUCCUCGUCGCAGCAGGCCGUGACGGCAUCUGCCAUGUUCAACAAGGCUCGCAACGUCAUGGCCGACAAGGACUCGCGCCAGGCGGCAGCGAAGGAGGCGCGCGACGCGCUGAAGCGCGGCUGGGCCGGCUGGAACGCCAAGCGUCACGCCGGCACCUCGUCUUCUGCAGCGCCACAGCAGCAACAACCAUCGCCGAGCAGCUUCGAGGCCGCGCCUUCGCUGAACCCGGCCGAGCGCGCUGCGGCUUGGCUAGCCAGAGAGGCGCCUGACCUGCCGGGCAUGGGCUUCGAGCGCUCCCGUCAUGGACAUGCGGACGCGCCGAGGCCAACGCAGGACGAGCACAUCCGAGGCCGCGAGCGACUCGACGCAGCAAUCGGCGGCGAGAGUGCGGGCAGCAGCAGACAGAGCAGCAGGAGCACGUCGAGCGAACGUCCCACGUACAAGGACUACCGCGAGCGCCGCAAGCGACCCGACAGCAGCCAGACGCAGCCCCAGGCGCAGCCUGCGAGCGCGCCGAGUGCACCUCACGACGCGGCGUGGGACGCGCCGGUCGCUUCGCUGGCGCCGCCGGCGCGUGUAGCACACCGCGAGGAGGGCGAGAGUCCGAGCGGCCGCUCAUCUGGCUCCAUCCGGCGCGGUGGCGAAGGCGAGCACGGCCUCGCUGUGCCGAGAAGCCCGAUCCAGAGCAACGCCAAGCCAGUGGCUCCAAUCGUGCCCGACCGCCCAUCUCCUCAAUCGCUGUCGCCUGCCGUUGAGACUGCACCUCAGAGGACAGGCGCAGCGGAGCUGCCUUCGCCUUCCGAGUUGGACUCGAUGCCGGCAACGCCUCCGGCGCCCACCAGCUCAAUCUUUCUCGACUCGUCUCCGCGCCCGCUGCUCUCCAACGUCCCCGACGAGCGCCGCGCGUCGAAUGGCUCCAUCGGCAGUCCGAACUCGGCCAGCAGCCCGAACAAGGCGGCCGCAGCGAAGAUCAAGACGCAGCCGGGACGCGCGAGCAUGAUGAUGGUGCCGGGCAUCCCGACAGCCCACCGCGCCGAGCCCCAGUCCUUUAGCGCACCUCCUCCUCCGCCGUCUGCGCCGGCACAGGCGCGUGCGCCCUUUGCCGCCUUCAAGAUGCCGUUUGGCAAGAGCGCCAACGCACCCGGCGCUGUGGGCGGAACGUCGUCGCAACUCUCGCCUCCGAGCGGCAUGCCUCAGGAGGGCGCAUCUCCGGCGGCUCUGCUGCCGCCCAUGGAAGUGGAGCCGCCGGCAACAUCCUCGGCCACAGAGGUUCACAGCGAGUCACCUGCGCCGCAGCCAGAUGCAGCUCCGGCGCCGGUGCACGCCUCAGAGCCCGAGCUUACGCAAGCACCUUCGGAGCCGGCUCCCACUGCGCCAGAGGUCGCGAACCUGCCCGAGCCGGAGCUCAAGGUCAGCGCUGUGACCGAGUCCGCGGCGGCAGACGAGGCUCAGACGGACGCGCGAGAUGUCGCAGCGACGCCCUUCGGAGGCACGGGCACUGAGUCCAGCCAGCUCGACGUACCGGCGGCCGCAUCGCCCAGCACUGCGGCAGACGCAGAGUCCGCUGCAGCGGAGCUGGCUGCGCUGCCCGAUGUCGCUGCGGCUCAACCUGCAACCAGCUCGCUCGCACCUUCCGACCAACAACAGACGCCUGCGGCUUCCGAUGCGUCGACGCCGGCUACGUCUGCAAGCGCGUCGCUUGCUGCGCUGCUCAACGAGGUGGACCACACAGCUAGUGCGGACAGCGCGACACGCGACUGAGGAGACUAUUGAGGGCUCAGUGAAUGACAUUGGUUGAGAAGAGCUAAAGAGACAUGGAAGUGCGACUGGAGCGAGCUGG